AUCUGAGCUGAAGGUGAGACUAAGAGGGCGUGUGAUUUUGCGGCGUCCAGACUCCGGGAGGUGAGAAUCUCGACUUGUGGCCUUCUCCGUUAGAAAGACAUACAUUCAUCUAUGGCUAUGGCAUUGGCAGCUCAAGUUCGUGAAUGGACAGGGAUUGGACAGUUCCCCUCUGCCACACAAACAAAAUUGCUUGAACUGCUUGGAAAACUUAAGCAAGAGAAUGUGAGCACAUUAACAAUACUAGUGAUGGGGAAAGCUGGUGUUGGAAAAUCAUCUACUGUAAACUCAAUUAUAGGGGAAAAAGCAGUGUCUGUCAGCACUUUUCAGUCAGAAGCUCCAAGGCCUGUGAUAGUGUCACGUACAAGGUCAGGAUUUACAUUGAAUGUCAUUGACACACCUGGGCUGAUAGAAGGAGGUUACGUUAAUACCCAUGCACUUGAUAUUAUAAAACGAUUCCUUUUAAACAAGACCAUAGAUGUUCUACUGUACGUUGACCGUCUGGAUGCAUAUAGGGUUGACAAUUUGGACGUACAAGUUGUCAAAGCAAUUACAGAUAGUUUUGGUAAGGAAAUAUGGAAUAGGGCUUCAAUUGUCCUUACCCAUGCUCAGCUCUCACCGCCAGAUGGGUUGAACUAUGAUCUUUUUGUCUCCAAAAGAUCAGAGGCUCUUCUAAAAGUUGUUAAUCAGGGUGCCCGGCUAAAGAAAGGUGAUCUGCAGGGAGCUACUAUACCUGUUGUGUUGGUUGAGAACAGUGGAAGAUGUAACAAGAAUGAAAGUGAUGAAAAGGUUCUUCCAAAUGGAGUUGCUUGGAUUCCAAAUUUAGUUAGCACUGUCACAGAAGUUUUGUUGAAUGGAAGCAAGUCUAUCCAUGUUGACAAGAAGAUGAUUGAAGGACCAAACCCCAAUAACAAAGGAAAGAUCUUAAUUCCUUUAAUUGCACUACUUCAAUAUCUAUUCAUUGUUAAACCAAUGAUACGAGCAAUCAAGAGAGACAUUGGGAGUGAGGGCGGACUAGCAUUCAAUCUGAUAGAUGCCAGUGCUGAGAGGAAGGCUAAGAGUCCUGCUGAGCGGAGGAAAGCUGGUGUUGGUAGAAAGUACUAGUUUGGCUAUGAAAUUUGAUCCAGGAUGAAACUUUAAGGGUGUAAGAUGCGUUUUUAUGCACCAACCAUCUCUGUAUUUAUUGCUUGUUUGUAUUGCCAGCUACAGCCUCAUUGUAAGAUUGUUUGAUAAUAAUGUCCGGCGGAUAGGUGACAGUUGAUGCUAGAGACUAGAGACUAGAGAGGUGUUUUGUACACCCAGAUUAAUUUGGAAGUUG